ACCGUCGCUGCUUUCCGCUCUACAGGAAUUUCCUCCGCAGUAAUGGAUCCCAAACACAGGGCGAAGGUCUACUAGUGACAGCUCCCAACGUUUUUCUAGGCAGGAAUGCGACUCCCCCACCGCUGAGCUCAACAUGAGAGAGUGGUGGAUCCAUGUGGGUCUGAUCUGCAUCCCGCUGGUGGCCGUCUACCUGCACAUCCCGCCGCCUCAGCUCUCACCUGCCCUGCAGAAGUGGCACAGCGCCGGGGAGGAGUUCCACUUCAGAGGCAGGAAGAUCUUCUACAGAGACUCUUACGGUGCUUUGGGGAGCUCAGAUGUCGUCAUUCUGCUCCACGGCUUCCCCACCUCCAGCCACGACUGGAGCAAGAUCUGGGAUCCUCUCACACAGCGCUUCCAUCGAGUCAUUGCACUGGACUUCCUCGGUUUUGGCUUCAGUGACAAGCCGCGGCCCCACAGGUACUCCAUCUUCGAGCAGGCCAGUGUGGUGGAGGCCCUGGUGGCCCACUUGGGUCUGAGCAGCCAGCGGGUGAACGUGGUGUCUCAUGACUACGGAGACACUGUAGCUCUGGAGCUGCUCUACAGGAGUGACCAAAAUCGCACCGGUCACCUGACUUUCAACAGCCUUUGUCUUUCUAAUGGAGGACUAUUCCCAGAAACACACCACCCACGGUUGCUGCAGAUGCUUCUCAAGGACUCGAGUUUUCUUGCUCCACUUCUGACGCGUCUCACCAACUAUGUGAUCUUCCAAAAGGGGCUAGGAGAAGUGUUCGGCCCGUACACGCAGCCCACCGAUGCUGAGUUCUGGGACAUGUGGACGAGUUUACGCUACAAUGAUGGGAACUUAGUUCUGGACAGUAUCCUCCAAUACAUCAACCAGAGAUUUAAACACAGAGACCGAUGGGUGGGAGCGCUCACUUCCACGUUCGUCCCACUGCACAUGAUUUACGGACCCCUGGACCCAGUCAACCCUCAUCCCCAGUUCAUCCGUCUUUACCAGCAGCUGGUUCAGAGGUCGACCAUCACUGUUCUGGAUGAACACAUCAGCCACUACCCUCAGCUAGAAGAUCCCACCGGCUUCCUCAACGCGUACUUCAAUUUCAUCCACUCGUUCUAAAAGGGAUAAUAAAUGCAGCUUCCAUGUUCAAGAGUGAAAAUUAAACCUUAGUCAAAGUGUUGCAAAACUACCAAAGUGAGAAAUAUUCAUAUGUUGGUGCAAAUAUGUGUUCUUUUGAUUGUGACCAGGAGAAAGGCUGCAUGAGUUUGAGAUUUAAUCAGUUAAUCUACCAGCACCAAGUCCCAAAAUGUCAUUUACUGCCAUGGAAGAUGUAAAAUGUCAGCUAGAAUAAAGAAUAAUAAUUGUACUUAAUUUAUAAAUGCCAUGAGGACACUGUUCAGUGAUGGUAGGGCGUAUGAUCACUGAACUUAUCUGUGGGACAUGGUUUUCAUUCCCUCCAUCUUCUGUUUCGUUCAAUCAAUCAGCUGCAUUCUGAAUGACUUUUGAUAUAAUUUUCUACAUUUCUCUUGAUGUCAGUGAAUUAAAACUAAUUGUCAACUUUUCUUUAAAUAAAACUAGUUUUGUAAAAA